CAGCUCUUGAAGGUUUGCGUGAUGGAGACGUGAUGGGUAUCCAUGGCAUCUACAAGGAAAUCGGCCCUGGGCGGCGUGUAGCGCUGUCGAAGCUUGCCGUCGAGAAGUUCGAGGAGACCGGUCGACCAUUGCGCAUUGCUAUAGACACAUCGAUAUGGCUCUUCCAGAUACAAGCUAGUAAAGGUGGCACAAAUCCUGCCUUGCGAACAUUCUACUAUCGCCUCCUACGCCUAAUCGCACUCUCGAUACACCCCGUUUUCGUCUUUGAUGGGCCCAAUAAGCCACCGUUCAAGCGCAACAAGCGCACCGGGCCAAACGUUGCAUCGAUCCCCGAGUUCCUCGCCAAGCAGCUGCUGAAGCAGUUUGGCUACCCAAUACACCUUGCGCCCGGUGAAGCUGAAGCAGAAUGCGCACUACUGCAGCGGGAGGGCAUCGUGGAUGCUGUACUGAGUGAAGAUGUGGAUACGCUCAUGUUUGGAAGUGGAAUCACAAUCCGCAACUGGUCACCAGAGAAGUCGGGCAAGACCCCAACCCACGUGAACGUCUACGAUGCUGUCGAAACGAAGAACGGACCUUCGGCGCUGGAUCGUGAGGGUAUGAUUUUGGUCGCACUAAUGAGCGGUGGAGACUACGUGCCAGAGGGGAUACCUGGAUGUGGACCGAAGACAGCCUGUGAGGCUGCGAAGGCUGGCUUUGGGCGCGACCUAUGCAGUAUACCUCGCAAUGACCCAGUCGCGCUGUCAAGAUGGAGGGAACGGCUGCAACACGAGCUGAAGACGAACGAAAGCAAACUGUUCAAACGCAAGCAUGGUGCUUUGAAGAUACCUCGCGACUUCCCCCGACUCGAUAUUCUUGGAUACUACACACACCCUGUCAUUUCCACGCAGACUGGGCUGGACAAACUACGGCGAUCGAUCAAUUGGGAUCAGGAACUUGAUUACCCUGGUCUUCGCGGGUUCACUGGAGAUGCAUUCGACUGGGUCAAGCUCGAAGGAGCAAAGCACUUUGUACGCAGUCUUGCGCCAUCCCUUCUUGUUCGUGCACUGCGCAUGCGAGCUGCACAUAUCGAUCGUCUGCCUACAAACAACAUCCAGGCUAUUCGAGAGGACGAAGCACUCCUAGUGAAGGGCAUACAUGGUAAACGCCAGCAUGCUGUUACGGACAGCAGCACUGAGCUUCGUGUAAGCUUCACGCCAAUCGAGCUUGUAAAAAUCAACCUGGAUGAUGAAGAGCCUGACGACGACUUCGAGCUUCCACCAUCCUCACAACAGGGUGCAGGUGAUGAUGAUGACCUUCCUUUGGACCUAGAAGAUGAUGCAGAAGGACCAAAGAAGCGCGGUCCCACGAGAUUCGAUCCUACCAAGCCGGCAAGGAUAUGGGUUAUGGAGACCUUUGUCAAGGUGGGCGUGCCGCUGAAGGUUGAGGAUUGGGAGGCUGAAAGGCAGACCAAAGCGAAGCCCAGGAGAGCAGCGAGUCAAGAACCAAGCAAAGCUGCACCGAAGGCCAAAACCACUACAAGACGCACGAAGACGACGCAAGAGGUAUCUCAGCUUCGAAUCCAAAGCUUUGCAAAGGUCACCAAGCCUGGGUCGAAAUCGUCGCGAACAUUGGCGAAGCCGCAGGACAAUGACGUUGGCCUGCCUCCAACUCGACCGAAAGCUACACUGAUCGAUUUGCUCUCUUCUUCGCCUGUGCGACAGCUGAGCAGGCCACCGAUAGUGGCCCCGCCUCGAGAGAAAACACUUUCUCCGGUACUGGAAGAUUUGCCGGCUAGCGACAUGAAGCAGAGAAGACGUGCGCCUAUACAGCGUUCAAAAACCUUACCCUCUGAUUUGAGCAGUGCGUUUGAGCGGCCAGAUACACCACCUCUGCUGGAUACCAUCGAAACACUGGACUUGGUGAACUCUUCACCUGCACAGCCCUCACCAUCACAGCUACGCACUAAGAAAGCAAAGACACGGAUAACGAAGGCAAGUCAUGGGGCAUGUGUGACCGCAUCGCCUGGAAAGGGAAGACAGACCACGCUCGACACAUGGAGAGCUUCUCAAACACCAACGAAGUUACGAGACACGACGACCAUCUUUGACGACGCACCUGUACCCACGCCAUCACAACUACGGUGUUCUUCUGAUAUUAUUGACACUCUUGACUUGACACUCUCGCCACCGUUAAAAGUACCACAAUAUGCACUGACAACACGAGCGCGACCGCCACUGACUUCAAUAUCGUCUAACGCGUCGCGAUCUUCUUCGUCGAGGUCAUCUGUCACGAGUGAGAAGCAGAAGGCGACGACAACGACUACACGCACACGACGCACCUCACCACGGCUGAACAAGACAAAAGCUGCAACCCCAGGAGUGGAUACCCUCGACCUAACAACGGCUCCACCCCAAACAGAAGAUCCCAUAGCAUUCGAACUAGAGCACAUGGUACCGCAGCCGCAAGCGGUCGAAGCUGCUACAGUUGAAGUUGACAGUCUGGACCUAACAACACCACACCUCAACCCCACCAACUCUAGCUCCCCAGAUAUCGACUCGCUCGACCUCACAGGCCUCGCAUCGCCCAUCCCACCACCUCAACAAUCACCAAACCCCACAACAUCACCCUCGCUCCGCCGCUCCCCACGCAACCACACUUCCCUCUCUCGAGAACCGCAGCGUAAGCCCUCACCGCCCGCAGCCUGGAAAGCGAAGGAAACAAAAAAACGGCAGAUCAUCUUGCGCAAGAGUCUGGCUGGUGCAUGGGCUUAUGUCGAUGCUGAGAGUCCGGCGAAGGGGGCAGGUGUUGUGCUGAAGGGGAAGGAGAGGAGGAGAUGGAGGGAGAGUGAAGUUGAGAUUCUGGAUUUGAGCUGAGGUGGAGGCCGUGUCUAUGAUGGUUAUGAAGGCAUGGGUGUAUGGAGUUCUGAGGGAUGCAUGGGUGGUGUUUAGGUUAGG